AUGCAUCCGACUGUGCGCGAAUCAAGCUCAUUAGAUACUGUGGAAUCUCCCGGCACCCCCGGAAUCACUGAUUCACAAGAAGGGGCCGUGGUCCUCCAAGCCGAUGGCUGUGGUCACAAGAACGAAAUGUCAAGGUUGCACUCAUUACCACAAAUCUCGAGUGGAGGACCACUCUCUCCUAGGACUGUUCAAAAGGCUGGAACCCGAGCAAAAAACGUCAAAAAGCACUCGAUUUCCAACGACUGGCCUCAUGCAAUUACGGCCCAAUACACUCGGACUCAUUUCACUGGAUUCGCUGCCGCCAUUCACAAGCAUCCACCGCCUGUUCCUCCCGGACUCCUUAAAAUAACGCAACAUAUUCCAACCACAGGCAUGGUCAAAACAAUGCUCCGCUUGGUCCCACCGGAGGCUUCAAAGUUUGGCUCUCUCGGUACAUGCCUGACUAUUGAAAAGAGACGCAAACAGGCCACGCUUAUUUGUCCGAGCCCAUCCACAGCAAUACCCGUCGGUCAGCGUCGGGCUGGAUUCGGAGCGCCAAAGAUGGUUGUAUUUGAUGAAGUAUUCUCCGAGCAGGAGGCAACGGGUGAUAUCUGUGCUGCGGCGCUACCAGACAUCAUUCAGGCUGUGGUCAGCGGUUCCGAUUGCUGUCUCAUCGUUUUAACCAAUUGUCGGUCAAACCAUGGAGGGAUCAUAACCGGCAGCGACAAACCUUCCACGGACCUCGGCAUCAUUCCAUGCUCAAUUUCGUGGUUGUUCAAGUUAAUUGCAGAACAAAAGGAGCAAACGGGGGCGCGGUUUUCCGUUCGCGUAUCUGCCUUGGAAGUGGACGGCCAGGAUGCGCCUGAAGUAGCAAUCGCUUCCGAUGCAUUGGGAGCACAUCCACCUGGUUUGUAUUUACGUGAAGAGUCAGUAGCGAGAUCAUCCAUGGAAAACCAAAGUGAACUGAGAGCUCCGACCCCGGAGAAGGCAGCGUUCUAUCUCGAUUCUGCGCUGAAUGCCAGGGCUCGGGCAAACAAGCAGCAUGCAACAGCACUCGUUCAGUCCGACGCAUUGCAUACUUUGUCCGAUCUCCAGACCUCAAACCUAAACACUUCCCACUUUUUCUUCACACUUCAUCUGUAUCAAUAUCGAAUUGAAAAGUGUGGUGGCAGUUCCGAAGUUUCAGGUGGUCGCAGUCGCCUUCAUCUGAUCGAACUUGAUGCCCGCUGUCCCGAUGCGCGAGACGUAGCUUCUGCUGUUUCAAGAAUAUCUACCUCAAAUACUCCAUCUUCGGCAUCCCCACCCAUCACAACAUCGUCCAGAAUGACGAAGACGAAACUGUCAACUGACUCCAUCAUUUCAGUUAUCCUUUCCAUCUUGAGUGGUCAAACCUACACUCCCUACCGUCACAGUCCUUUGGCACGUCUUCUACGUGACUGUUUAGGAGGCGUCGACUGCCAACACUGUAUUGUAAUCGAAGCCUCGUCCGGUGCUCAUCAUUACGCGGAAAACUUGCAGGGAGCGAGAUGGCUCAAGUGGUUAGAGCGCAAAUUUACUGACCGCAGGUUCCGUGGUUUGCGAACCCGACCUCUCCCUCUCGACUUCCCCUGUCUAGGCUUGGGCAACCUGGCAGUAUCCCAGCCCUCGUGCAACCUUUGGGUGACGUGGCAGUUAGGCACCGAAAGACUUCUCCAGCUCGUCCAGCGGGUUCAACACCACCGAAAACGACGUAAUCCAUCCAGACUUGUAUCGGUCGGGUCUGAGAUGAGCGGCACUGCGGAAAAACCCUCUCAUGGCACCAGUUCAGAGGGUAGCUCAUCGUGUGACAGCUUCGGUCUAAGACGAGCAAACCGAACUCGAAUACAUACAGGCCCAUACUCAGUCUCUAGGCGAUCAGCCUUUCACAGGACCAAGGCUGGAAAAAGAAAAUCAAAUGUACUCAACGGUACGCAUUCGUCCGAACGGGACUACACGUCAAGCAGUGAGCAGUCUUGUGAUACAGUGAUAUUUCUUGGGCGAAAUGAAUAUCACGGAAGCAUGGCAGCGGAGGUAGAGUCUCAGCAAUCCAAACCGGGUCUAUGCAGAAUUAUCAGUGGUCCCCUUGGAGAGACGCAGCCAGACAAUGUUGACAGUGGACUUCCGAACCAGUUAAGUGGAAAUUCCCUUCCAAGCGAUGCAACUCAGGCGCCAGCAGGUUCGGGAGAUUGCAGCGAGAUUAAGGCGUCCACAAAAGAGAGAACUGAAGGACGUGUGAAAACGAUCAUGGAGCUCAGGCGCGCCAAUCCCCGUGGAAAUAUCCACGCCUGGUCCAGAGCAGCUGUGAAAAAUGCCAUUGAAACAUUGAGUACACAAAAGGAACAAUGGGUUGAUGGGCCGAAAGCGAAUUUCAGUCCAAAGAAGUUGAUGAACGCGGAACCGAUUCAAAUGACAUGUCAAUCGCGCACCACAAAAAGGGAGUGUCCGACAAUCGAAGAUAAGAAUACUCACUCAGAAGCGACUACCGAUCGAUGGCCAGUGGAAGAUUGUUCAGCUCAGUGUGAAGCUUAUGGCGAUCGAAAUAUCGAUUUCAGCGAGAGCUCCACACCCCCUUGCCUAUCAACCGGAAUCAAAGCGCACACUUUUUCACAAGCACAUGAUUAUGGGUUGUAUGGCAGCCCGCAUCCACCUGACGGAAGCGCCGUCGAUACAGGUGGUCAAGGAUUUUUGCAAACAUUCAGUGGCACACAAGAGAUAACGGAACACUCCUCGGGAGUCAAACCAUGUGCACAGUGUGACCGGUCAACAGCGAAUGAAGUCCCUAACGAAUUAGCAUGUUCAGGGACGGAUGCACUGGCGACAAGGAGCAGGUCAAUAUUUGGACCUCUUGCCACAAAUCUAACGAGAACCAGAGCGCAGGAGGCAGAUAUAUCUAUCCAAAAUGAUUUGACUGUCGAAGGAUCAAACCGUGCGAGUCCUGGGUCACAUGAGCAGCACUACGAAAAGUCAUCCUACCACACACACAGCUCCCUGAACUUCAACCCAUUUGUUGCCGAGUGGCUCAAAAAACAUCGUGUUCUGACGAGUUCGACUGAAGUAGAUGAACAAUACGCAGAAAAGGUGGCAGAAAUGAAGUCGUCAAAUGACGAAGCUCGCAAAGUUCAAAAUGGUCACGCCCACAUGGACCAUCCAACCGCUAUUCCCAGUUAUCUCAUUGGUGGUCCCACUGCCGAGGCUGAAAAGGCCAUCAGUCGGCCAUACGUAUCUACUGCUCAACCGGAAAGACGUGAAACAGUUUGUCAGAAGUGCACUAAGCUAGCAAGUCAGAAGCCAAACAGGAUAAUACCAACUGGAGAAAUAUGCGACACUGAUGACCACUUUUCAUCAAAAGAAAUCAACUCAAACUUUGCUCGCAUAGCCAAGUGGGUAAAGUCAGUUGCGAUGGAAACUGGCGACACGACAGUAGCGGAACAGCGAGGAGGAAAGAUAACGUCGAAUGAUGGCGCUUGCUUGCUGAACCCAAUUCAAAAUCCAAAUCAACCUGAGGGAACUAAGAUGCGAGUCUUCAGGUUGUUGUUCCCCACCGGACUUUCAAACGAUAAAACACCCACGACCUAUUUGCAUGCAAACACGUUCAGCACACAAAACGCUAUUCCUCAAAAAGAAACAGAACCAAUCCAAUCAGCCACAGGAAUUCCUGUUCCGUGUGUUCCCACCCUGUUCCCUGAUCACCACCGAUAUCGUCGAGGAAGAUCUGUACCCCCCAGAGGACUCAAACAAUCUGGCACUCGUCAACUACCCAGUCAAGCUACGCUGCACACACUGCCUUCGAACGAUAUGUCCACGACACAUCCAAAUAUUCUGAGCUCCGAAGUUCCAGUCACCAGAGAACAAGGUGAUCUCCCAGGAUCUCUGGAACUACGUCGUCCAGAUGGUUCAUCUAAUCCACACCUUCACCUCCAAGAGCAAGGACUAAGUGCUGAUAUAUUGCCGAGACACCUAGAAAACCAACCGAUGCCGCUUUGUACUAAACACUACCAACAUCCCCGAUGCAAGCAUUUUACUUUCUGCGGCCCCAAAUAUAAAACAGUUGGCACAAAGCAUGUAGUGGGACACGGGUCGGAGGAUGAAAUCUAUGCUUCCAUCCAACCCUCAUUCCUUUGUGCAAAUAUACAUUACAGUUUACAAAAGAAAUAUCGUUCUCCGGAAUUCGGCAAACACUUGGUGCGACCCAACGAAAAAACGAAGAUGUACGAAAAACAAGUCUCUCUUGAAACACCCACAGCUCGACGAAGGCCUAGAAGUUAUUGUUCUUCGUUGAAUAGUGUUCAUUCUGAUGAAACAGGUAUCUGUAAUCCACAGGCUAGACAUCCUUCCGACCAACCUUUUGAACUGGUUGAAAAGCACGUGGUGAUCAUUGGUACAAAAUCAAGAAACACCAAAGAAGCACGUUCCAAGUCCUCCAAGGGUCGUCUGGGCUUUCUAACUAGCCCGUUGUUUGGAAAAAGAAGAGAAAAAGUACACGAUGCUAUUCAGAAAACCGGGACUCCUGACAACGAGAAGCAGCGACAACUGAGAAGUAACAAGGCAAACCCACAUACGGCACAAAUCCAUGCACCCCGACUAUCGACUGCAGCGCCUACUAGCCUGGAUUUCAGGCCAGCGGAAACAAGUCCAUUCAAACAACAGGCGAUUCACACAUCUGUGAGAAUAGCAGAGGUUGGAAUGCAACAUGAGUGCGCAACUCGCCGUAUGUGUGCGGAAGGAACUGAAUUGUCCUGUUCACGUAUACCUUCCCAUUCAUCUCGGAAGAUGCACUCUACCAGGUGGCCGGAUAUGACGCAUGGCAGUCCGAAAUUCUCGUCCAAGCAGUCAAGUAGCGGUCACGGGAGCGAAUGCAGCAGCAAUCCUUAUCCACAAGUUGGAACAGAGAUCAAUGAGGGAUUUUCGUGCCCGGGUCACCAGUAUCAGUGCCCACACUAUCGGCGGCCUAAUCGAGCACGCCACAGUGAGUCUAACCAAGUCGGUUCAACUACUGUGGCCAAACAUCGAUGUCGGAUUUGCUUCCACCGAAGGUGUGACUGUGCCACUGAGGUUGGCAUGAAAUUCGGUACACUGAGUGAGCACAAGACUAUUCGAUGUGGUUUGUAUGGUAGAAACGUAACGCGUUGCAGUUCAAAUCGGACGGACUGCAAAAUUCCCUUGGAACCAUAUCGCAAGUAUUCAGUAACCGAUUCUGUUGGGGUUGGUGCCAUGAUCACAGAAUCAAACGGUAAAAAUCGGACCCUGGCAUCUCCGAGUGUGAAAUCAUCUGUGAUCACACAGAAUUCCGUUGGAGUGAGAGUUGGAGGAGGCCAUACGAGCAGUGGAUAUGAAAGUAUUGUUCGUGACAGCGAAGUCUCAUCGCACGCUGACUCAACAAGUGGCAGUUCUGUUGGCUGUCAGGCUGAGGCGAUCUGUAGUGAGCACCCUUCGGCUGUUCCUGCAACCAAGGGUGAGAAGACGCACGACGUCAACCGCCCUACUCCCUCAUCUGCAUUCCCGUCCGAUUCGACGGGAAAACAGGAUCUGAAUUCCGAGCGACAUGAUGGACAAUUCGCCAAUUCCAACUGUUCCCCUGCUUCCCGAACCAUGACAAACGGGCAACAAGCUGUGACAGCAAACGUUGUGAAUCCACAAAACAGCAACUGUCUGUCUGCCUCCUCGUCCUCGUCAACGUCACGUCGCAGCCAUUCAGCUCCACCGUGUUCUGAAGACACUUCCGAGGCGACAACAAGCAGUCCAAUUAGUGUUCGUUACGUGCCACCAAAGGCUACCACCACAGUCGUCUCUUCACUGACCACAAGUGUGGAAAAUUCCGGGGCCGGUAAAACGGACGAACCAAGUGUAGUGACAAAUGAGACACAUCAAGAAGAAAUUCAGGAAAUGCUCCGACAGAUACGUUAUGAGAGGAUUUAUGACUUGCUAGCGCAGCAAGAUACCCUUAAGAUGGAACUGAUGAAGGCUAAGGACCGUCUGAUGGUUGAUCCAGCUACUUGGAGUUUUGACGUGUGCGUAGCCGAGCAAAUGGAUCCGGAUGAUGAGGGUUUCCUUGAUGCACUAGAGCUGGAAACCGAAAUUCUCCAAAAGCGAGUCGACGCAUGCAAAUCGAGGGUGAUGCUUAUCACUUGCUUUGAUAUCCGCACAGAGGCAGAGAUUAGUCAACCUUCAACUAUAACAACCAGCAGUUCCGGGUUUUAAAGUCGACGGAUUUGUGGCAACUCUCCGCAUGUCCACAUACCGCCUCAGUGUUGCCGGUGAAUCUUGCUGGCUAUUCAUCCAUCUACGUCGAUUUCUAAUUUUCGGAUUUCCACUCCUUUCUACUGGCUUUGUAAACUGCUGUGUCCGUCAACAAAGGUUCACUUUUUGUGUUUUAUAGUAAUUUUUUGUUUAUAAACACCCCACCACAUGCCUGUGUCGAACGUUCCGAUCAUGCAGAUCUAUUCCACUCAGUGUAUUCGGCUGCUGGAAGCAAGCCACGGUUUACCUUUUCGAACAGAUACUGAAUAUUUUGCUCCGAAAGAUGUACAUUUAUUGCCCCUUCUGUAAAUAAGUAACACUU